CAUCACCACCCCCCGAUCCAACCAUCCCCCUCCCCCAAUCCAUCCACCAUCCCAUUUCCCAAAAGCUCUCAUCAGCAGAGCUUUCCCUUCCCGCAUCCCGCCCUCCCUCACAUCAUCGGGGAGCGCCAACCGUCCCGCUUCUUUUCGUGAGAGCUCGCGAGUUCCUGGACGCACGCGUUGUCGUCCGUGGAGCAAUUGGCUCUUACGUUCCCGAGGUCCGCACGCCUCCCAGUCUGAGAGUCACCCGGUGAGAAAGCGCGAUUCGCGCGCAAUAGAGGUCUUUCAUCAUGUCGGGCAUUGCUUCCAAGAACCUCUACGAUCUACUCGGCAACGAUAUCGAGGCCGACCCUUCGCUUCCUCCCCCAAAGCCUGUCGAGCCCGUCGACCGCACCCUUCCGCGCACCGGCAAGCGAAACGCCACCGGAGAGGCCCCUGUUGCCGCUAUCCCGGCUGGAGGUGUCCGCGGUGGUCGAUCCCGCCAGGAAGCUUCAGCGUUCCGAGACCGCAACGCCGGCCAUGGCAGCAAUGUGACCCGCAACCGGGAGUACACUGGAGCAGAGGGUGAGCGUGGUGGAUACCGUGGUCGUGGCCGUGGUGGCCGUGGUCGUGGAGAGGGUGGACGACGUGGAGGCUUUGACCGCCAUAGCCGCACCGGCGUCGCCGAUCAUGACAAGCAACUCGCUCACGGCUGGGGCGCUAAGACCGGCGAAGGCGAAUUCGCUGACGAGAGAGCCGGCGACGCCAUCGCCAAGGCCGACGAGAAGGCGGCGGCCGGCUCCGUCCCCGCGGGUGCCGAUUCCGGCUUCGACGACGCCGCUCCCGUCGGCGGCGACAUGCUGACCGAGGCUGCCGAGCCCGAACCGGAGCUCCCGGCGGGCAAGUCUUAUGAGGAAUACCUCGCCGACCUCGCCGAGAAGAAGCUGAACCUCGGCGGCGGCUCCCUCGACGUGCGCAAGGCGAACGAGGGCACCAAGACCAAGUUCCCCGAGGGCAAGGCGCUUACCCGCGAGGAGAGCGAGGACUACUUCAUCGGCGCCGAGGGCAAGGCGCGGAAGGUCAAGGAACGAAAGGAGAAGACCUUCGUCGCGCUCGACGAUGCCCGUCUGCGUGAGGAGCCGCGCGAGAACGCCCGUGGCGGCCGCGGUGGCCGUGGCGGACGCGGUGGUGAUCGCGGCGACCGCGGCGACCGUGGUGACCGCCCAGACCGUGGUGAUCGCCCGGAUCGUGGCGACCGCUCCGAGUUCCGUGGACGCGGCCGUCCCCGAGGCGAAUUCCGUGGCCGUGGAGAAGGGCGUGGACGCGGUGGCCGUGGCGGUGCUGCGGUCAACGUCAACGACCAACGCGCGUUCCCCUCGUUGGGCGCGUAAAAAAGGACGAUUUUCAUACCUGUCCUAGACCGCGGUGUAUUCAGUAGGAAAGCGAGCUUCGGUUCCGUGUUGCACCUUCUGAGCAUCCAUGGCGGGUUUUAACCAUCAGAGUUUCAUUCGAGAGAAAACGGAAAGAAGGGAUCGUUUCAUUGCCGAGAAAAAGUCAGAUCA